AUGGCGCUCAAAGUACUGUCUGCACUCGAUAGAGCGACAACGCAGCUCUAUCAUUUCAGCGCAAUACUUAUCUCAGGCAUGGGCUUCUUCACGGACGCCUACGACCUGUUUUGCAUCCCGCCCGUUUCCAAUUUGCUUGGAAAGAUCUAUUACAAGAAAGAUAAUCACGGUAUGUUACCCAUUCAAGUAAAAGCUUUGGUUAACGGAACAGCUUUAUUCGGAGCACUGGCAGGCCAACUGUUCUUCGGAUGGCUUGGCGACAGGAUGGGGCGAAAGAAGGUCUAUGGAAUUACUCUCAAGUUGAUGGUCAUGAGUUCGAUUGCUUCGGGCUUUUCCCUCGGCUGCUCUCGCAAGUCUGUAUUGACAUGCUUAUGUUUUUCCAGGUUCUGGCUGGGGUUUGGCAUUGGCGGGGACUAUCCACUCUCUGCAACAAUCAUGUCGGAAUACGCAAAUACUAAGAGCAGAGGAGCUUUUAUGGCUGCCGUAUUUUCAAUGCAGGGUCUUGGAAUUAUUGCUGGAAGCAUAGUUGCUAUUAUUGUCAGCAAAUGUUUUGGAACAGGGUACGCAAUUCCAUCCGAAAAGCAGCAGGACAUGGUGUGGAGGAUAAUCCUGAUGUUUGGAGCAGUUCCUGCAGGCUUAACAUAUUAUUGGCGAAUGAAAAUUCACGAGACAGCUCGUUACACGGCGCUCGUGGCUAAAAACGCCAGGAAAGCAGCAGCGGAUAUGUCUAAAGUUCUUCAUGUGGAUAUUGAGGAAGAUGAAGACAGUGUUUUAAGUAUCGAAAGCCUGGAGGAACAAUUUGGGUUGUUUUCCUUGGAUUUCGUAAAGCAUCAUGGGCUACAGCUGCUGGGCACUACAUCCACUUGGUUUUUCGUGGACGUUGCAUUUUACAGCAGUAGUUUGUUGCAGGUCGACUUAUACCGCAAUACAGGAUUGUUGCAGAAAUCGUCUGAAUAUAAAAAUCCGGUGCAUGAAGUUUUUCUGAGUGCGAGGGCGCAGGCGUUGGUUGCCUUGUGGGGAACUCUGCCGGGGUAUGUAUUCACCAUUUUUCUAGUAGAUCGUAUUGGCCGGCGUAUAAUUCAGCUUGUUGGAUUUUUUUUCAUGUCAGCGUUUUUAUUUGCCCUUGCCUUCGCAUACAAACAUUGGGUAAAUGAAUCGAAAGGAGGAUUUAUUGCGAUUUAUUCUCUGAUAUUUUUCUUUACUAACUUUGGUCCCAAUACAACGACUUUUAUUGUGCCGGCGGAGUUAUUUCCUGCUCGACUGCGAUCAACCUGCCAUGGCAUUUCUGCAGCUGCUGGAAAAGCAGGCGCCAUAAUUGGAGUACUCGGCUUCUUGUAUGCAUCGGAAACCAAUGAUAAGAACCAGGAUCCAUUUGGAGUUGGAGAAAAUGACCAUCCGAGGGGCAUAGGACAGGGAGACGCCUUGAUUAUUCUUGCAGUAGCAAGCUGCCUCGGUUUUUUGUGCAGCUUUCUGAUACCAGAAACAAUGGGGAGGUCUUUGGAGGAAAACGAAGUACAGGUAUCUCGAUCUACAGAUGAAGUGGAACUCCAGGCUGACUUUGACAAGCAUAACUUAAUAUAA